ACUCUGACAUUCCUAUUCUUGUGGACCUGGGCUGAUGACUUGAGGAGAAAUGUGCUGUUACAGGGGUUGGUGUCCUUUGAGGAGGUAGCUGUGCAUUUCACCUGGGAGGAGUGGCAGGACCUGGAUGAUGCACAGAGGACCCUGUACAGGGAAGUGUUGCUGGAGACCUACAGCAUCCUGGUAUCAUUGGGCCAUUGUGUUACCAAACCUGAGGUGAUCUUCAAGUUGGAGCAAGGAGCAGAGCCAUGGUUAGGAGAAGAAUGGGCAAACCAGGGCCUCUCAGAUGUCCAGAUGGUUGACAUAAUUGAAAGAAGCCAGGAAAUUCAUCAUAGACAUAUGUGGCAAGUGGCAAUCACCAACAACAAAACAUCAACUGAAGAAACGGUUGAAUUAGGAAUCACACUUAAUUUGAGCUCAAACCAUAUUCCAAGUGUGAUGGUAAAUAAUGCAAGCUAUUCAGGAAUGAGGCCUGAGGAGUUAAAUAUAAGUCAGAAAAUAUCUCUCUCUGUUGAGCCUCAUGAAAUGCAGGCAGAAGGAAAACCUCAUGAUCGAAGUAUAACUGGGAAAUCUCUCACACAUGGUGAGUAUCUUAGUCACCAUAACAAGAUUCAUAUGAGGCAGCAGCUUUUUGAAUAUGGUGGACAAGGAAAAGCCUUCAGCACUGAGGCAGAGAAGAGUCCUGUGGGAGAGAUGGCAUGUACAUAUAAUGAAUAUGAGAAAUCCUGUGAUAAGUCAGCACUCACUUCUCAGAAGAUAACUGCUGAAUGUAAUGUAUGUGGGAAAAUGUUUCACAAAAAGUCUAAGCUUACCAAACAUCAGAAAAUACACACAGGAGAGAAACCCUGUAAAUGUAUACAAUGUGAGAAAUCAUUCAUUAAGAAAUCAUACCUUGCAAAUCAUCAGAGAACACAUAUGUGAAAGAAACCCUUUGCAUGUACCAAAUGUGAGAAAUCCUUCUGUCAGAAGUCAAACCUAAUUGUUCAACAGAGAAUCCACACAGGGGAAAAACCCUAUGAAUGUCAUGAAUGUGGAGAAACCUGCCAAAUGUCAGCCAUUAUUUAUCAUCACAGAAUACACACAGGAGAGAAACCGUAUGAAUGUAUCGAUUGUGGGAAAACCUUCUACCAGAGGUCAGCCCUUAAUGUACAUUAGAGAAUUCACACAGGAGAGAAACUUUAUGAAUGUAAUGAAUGUGGGGAAACCUUUUAUCAGAAGUCAGUCCUGACUGUACAUCAGAGAAUUCACACAGGUGAAAAACCAUAUGAAUGUAAAGAAUGUAGGAAAAGUUUCUACCAUAAGUCAGCCCUCACUGUACAUCAGAGAACUCACACAGUUGAGAAACCAUGUGAAUGUAAAGAAUGUAGGAAAACUUUUCCUCAGAAGUCAAAACUUACUGUACAUCAGAGAACUCACACAGGGGAAAAACCCUAUCAAUGUAAUGAAUGUGGAAAAACAUUUUGCCUGAAUUCAGUUCUUAGUAUACAUCAGAGAACUCACACAGGUGAGAAACCAUAUGAAUGUAAUAAAUGUGCAGAAACCUUUAGCCAGAAGUCAAACCUCAGGAUGCAUCAGGGUACUCACACGGGAAAAUCCCUAUGAGUGUAAUGAAUGUGGGAAAACCUUCUACCAGAAGUCAGUGCUCACUACGCAUCAGAGAACUCACACGGGAAAAACCCUAUGAGUGUAAUGAACGUGGAAAAACCUUUUGUCAGAGGGCAAACUACAGCAGGCAUCAGAAAAUACACACAGGUGAAAAACCUUAUAAAUGUAAUGGAUGUAGGGAAACCUUUUUCCAGAAAUCAGCCCUCAGUGUACAUGAAUUCACACAGGGAAGAAAUCCCAUGAAUGUGGGAAGUCAUUCUGCCAGAAGUCAUCCGUUACUAUACAUGAAAGAAUUCACACGGGAGAAACCAUAUGAAUGUAAAGAAUGUGGGAAAAGCUUUUGUCAAAAGUCAACCCUCAAUAGACGUCAGAGAACUCACACAGGGGAGAAACCAUAUGAAUGUAAAGAAUGUGGGAAAAGCUUUUGUCAAAAGUCAACCCUCAAUAGACGUCAGAGAACAGUUACACAGGGGAGGAUCCAUGUGAAUGUAAAGAAUGUAGGAGAGCUUUCUACCAGAAGUCAGCUCUUGCUGUACAUCAUAGAACUCACACAGGUGAAAAGACCUAUUAACAUGCUAAAGGUGUGAAAAGCCUUAUUAGCAAAUCAUAUCCUACAGCAUAUCAGUGGAUACAUAUGGAAAAUAAACCCCGCUCAUGUAACCAGUGUGAGAAAUACUUCAGGCACAAGUCAAGCCUUACUGUCCAUCAGAGAAGUCACACAGGGAAAGCCCUAUGGCUGUAGUGAAUGUUGCAAACACCUUUUAGCAGAAGCCAAACCUUAGGAGGCAUCAAUAAAUUCAUACACGAGAGAAAGUGUAAGAGUGUAAUGAAUGUGCAAAAACCUUUUGUCUAAAUACCUCAGCAGGUACUAGGGAAUUCACAUAGGAGAGAAGUCCUGUGUGUCAAGAGACUGGCUAUGUUUUCUAUAAAAUUCACCCUUUUUUUCUCCUGGACACAUGGACUGCAUUUCUCAGCCCCAUGUUAUUGUGGCUGUGACAUACAAUUGAGCUCUGCAGUAGACUCUGUACACAAGUUAGGGUUAGGGUCAAAUAUUCCUGGCAUUGAAAAAAGAAACAUUUUAUUCAGACAUCAAAGCAGAACUUUUAUGUAUGCUUUUGGCGGAAGUCACCAUGCAGAGCCCACACUUGAGGAGUGGUGAGUUAGCCCCACCUCCUUGAUGGCUGAGUGUCUAUAUCAGGUAUUUGGAAUUCUUCUGUGUAAGAGAUUUCUAUUCAGGCCAUUUAUGUAUCAAUUUAAUCAUAAAUAGAUACCAGCAUGGACACUCAGUUACUUUAAUGUUUUGGUUGUUACCCAGUUCUGCAGUAUUUUGUUGCUCUUUGUUUAUACCCUGUGGCCAUUGGGAGCUCUUUCCACUGGCUCCUUUGACAUAAUUUCAUGUUAUUUAUUUAUUUAUUUACAAUUUCUUUCUGUUACUUCAGAAGUACCUUGGCUCAUAUAUUUUGUGUCCCAGUCCUAGUUUCAACCAUUUUUUCAAAGACCCCUGAUUUCCUCUGCUAGAGAAUGGUAUUAAAAACUUACAUCUGGCCAGUAAAUGUGGUUAUUGCAUAAUGACCCUCACAGCUGACAGUGCAAACAAAUAUAUGUGUGUAUUCUAACUUAUAUGUAGCUACUUAAUUAUACAGGUUUCUGCAUGGAACCAUCUGUGUAUAUAAAGUUAAAUGUGAGUUUAUAUCUAUGUUUUAUAUAUGUAUUCUGAUCCAUUAUCACAGAGAUCAUUCCAGGCUUCCCACAUUUCUUAUCUGUAACUUCUCACUCUAACAGUGAGGAACCUGGCUGUCACUAUCUGCCAUUUAUUUCAUCCCUUGUUCCAUUGGGAACAAGGAAUUCAUUCCUGAUCCAGAUUUCAGGUUGGGAUUUAAUGAGAAAUAUAUUUGGUCUCUGUCUUCAGUUCAUAGUACAGAGCUCCUAAAACUUUUAUAAUUUCCUGAACAAUAGGGGCGCUAGGAACAUCUCGUGUUCUAACAUUUGCUCUUUAGCCCUGGUUCCUGAUGUGGAGUUCCUAAAUUCCUUGGAAUCUUCUGAGUAAUAGGAAUGUCUUCUGUAAGGACCGUCUUUGGUUUCCUGGAUGGUUUCAGGAUGGGGGAUGUUCAGAAAGACCAAGCCAUGAUAAGAAGCUUGUAACUUUUAGCUUCACACGCAAUCCUUUGAGGGUGUGAAGGGACCAGAGAUUGAGUUAAUAGUUGAUCGUGUCUACAUGAUGAAGCUUUCAUAAAAAUUCCUAAAGUAUGGAAUCUGGAAAGUCCCAGAUCAACUCUGACAGAUUUGAUGUCUAGUGAGGGCUCAUCUUUCAUAGAUAGUUCCUUCUAGCCAUGUCCUGACAUGGCAGGAUUGGGGGAAAAGGUUCCUAGAUUAUUUUAUAAGGGUGCUGGUUUCAUUCAUGAGGGCAGCACCCUCAUGAUCCAAUUACCCCUCAGUUACCUCUGAAUACCAUCCCUUUGGGGAUUAUGUUUCAACAUAGGAAUUUGGAGGGUAUACACACAUUGAGACUAUACUAACUAGUAAACAUAAGUGUUUCCUUGAGUUCCAUAAGCCAUUAUAGCAAAUUAUCAAACCUGAGGAGGGGGUAUAGGAGUGCACAGUUUCUAGCCAAGUCAUAGAAGUUUGGGUAAACUGGGGAUUCACUACUUUUGAGUGGCAUCUGAGGAUGGGAACAGUCUGGUGUUACUAAGCCCUUAACCUAUAGGGUCUGUACAAACUUCAGUAAUUAAUGUCAUAAUUGAAUUAUAGGACACCCAAUUGUCCAGAGUGUUGGAAAAUUGGUUGGUUUGGGAAACAUCACCCACCCCAAUUUGCUGUCAGAAGUGACAUGUUGAGAGUACAGGGGAAAAUCAUGGUUAUUUUUCUUUUUACAGAUAUAGUGGUUUCAAAAUUCACUAUUAUCCCUAUGGGAAAUAGCUUUAUAAAAUAGAGUCCACUGUUUGUGUAUAGUACAUUUUGCUUUUAGUCUAUGAAUUCUACUCAUUUCCAAAAUGACUUAGGUCAGUACCUUUGGCCCACCAUUUGCAACAUACAUUGGUAAUACAAUUAGAUUCUUAGUUGCACUCUGUAUUUUGUCCUUAGAUCCUUCCAUGACCUAAAUAAUUUAAUUUGUAUAGAUUGUGAUUUGUUCUUUGUGCUUUAAAAUUCUGUGGGUUUAAAUAUAUACAUAGUGUUGGAUAUCCACCACUAAAGUACCAGAAUACUUCAAAUCCCCA